AGAAAUUUUACAUAAUUACACAACUAAGAUCUCUUCAACCUCAUUACAUUGUUAUUAACAUGAGCUCAGACAACCGAGAUCAUUUCGACCGUUCCUUCUGGCAAAACACGAGUUCUUACGAUGGAAGCAGCAAGAUCUUACUCCUCACCAUCAUUUCUUUCUCUACCAUUAUUCUCAUCGUUUUUGUGUAUCAUCUUUACGCUAGAUUCAUCCUCCACCGCCGUAGAUCAACCUUCCAAGGCCUCUCCCUCUCCGUCGUGUCUCAGCCGCCCAUACGUGGUCUCGACAAACUUGUCAUUGCAUCUCUCCCUACAUUCGUUGUUGGAGUCAAUGGUGGUGACGUCUCAGCCACGGAAUGUGCGGUGUGUCUAAGCUUGUUGGAGGAGAAAGAUACGGCGAGGAUGUUACCGAACUGCAAGCAUGUUUUCCAUGUGACAUGCAUUGAUACAUGGCUCACCACGUGUUCCACUUGUCCCGUUUGUCGAACUGAAGUCGAGCCGAGUCAAAGGCUAGUGCCUGAGCCAAGAGAAGGACCAGUUGUUGACGGUGCAUCUCCGUUAGAUUUAACAGCGGCAUCUUCGUCGAAUAACAAAACUCGUGUUGACCAAGAUCGUGUAAUGGACCUAGAAAGACAAUGAAUAGAUACACAUACCACAAUAGUUAAAUCUUUAAUUCAUGCACAAUAGUACUCUUGUUCUUUCGUAAUAUUUAUUGUCUUACUAAAAUAUUUUGUAAUGUGUAAAUCUUUUGUAUGCUACUGUAGGAAAUGCACAUUAUAGUACAAAGACAUUGUUGAUUAACGUGUGAAAAAUAUAAGAAGAAAAAAGUGUUGAACUUGUAAUAUUUUCAAAGUGUGUCUACAUUGAAGACUGUUCUCAAGUCAACCUAUAUGGUUCCCUUCCCACACAUUACCUCCUCACACGUUUUUAUCUUUAAUUUUCUUAUUUUCUUGACCAUGAAAAUUUUACAUUAUUUCUAGUCAUAUAUAUUGAGAUUUUACUGAAUCUUCAUUUUGUUGACCAGAAAAGAAUUGUCUUAUCAUUUCAUUUAAAAAAUAGUGAAUGCUAUCCUAUUUAGCUAAAUGUACUAAUUUUGUAAUGCAUGAAAAUCAAAGAUGUCAUAUGUGUUUACUUGUCCCUAAAUAUUAAUUUUUGGAUCAACAUCAAAAAUUUAAGGAUUAGUAUUUGAAUAAGUUUGGGAUUGAUAACAUUAAUAGGCUGAAUAAUAGAUCUAAAGUAUAUAAACUUUUUUUUUUGGUUCUUUGUUUCCACAGUCCAACAUGGACAUUUUACAUUUUUUCUAGUCAUAACUUGAGAUUUAACUGAAUCUUCAUUAUGUUGACCAGAAAAAAAACUUGUCUUAUCAUUCUUGAAAAAAUUGUGAAUGCAAUCUCUAUUUAACAAAAUGUACUAAUUUGUAAUGCGUGAAAAUCAAAAAUGUCAUAUGUGAUUACUGGUUCCUAAAUAUUAUUCUUUUUUAUCAAACAUAAAAAAAUUUAAGAUUAAUAUUUGAAUAAGCUAGAGAAUAAUAACAUUAAAAAGUUGAAUAAUAUAUAGAUCUAAAGUAUAUAAACUUUUUAUUGGUUCUUGAAAAGCCAUAGGCUUUUAGUGCCACUUUCCACAAUCCAAGUUCAGUUCAGUCAACAUUGGUGAUUUUUCUACUUUUCUGGUUAUAUCUCCUUUUCUGAUUAAACUAAAGUAUGAACUUAGAAGCAAGACAUUGCAAUAAGAAAACUUUUAGAAGUACUUUAUUUCUUAUAUAAUACAUCAAAAGUUAUUACGAACUUUUGUUCACUUCCCUUCUUCGCAAUGAGCUCCAACGAUAGAGAUCAUACAUGACCCAACGGUCAAGACCACCACUCGUUCUGGCCAAACCCUUCUCGUUACGACCCCACCAGCAAGAUCAUGCUCGCAGCAGUCAUCUCUUCGUCAGCAGUUAUCCUCAUCAUCUUCAUUCUUCAUCUUUAUGCAAGAUUCAUUCUCCAUCGCCGUAGAGAAGCUAGCAGCUUCCGUGGCCUCUCCGUCGUAUUACGCCACCCUUUGCAAACGCCAAAACGUGGCCUCAACCCAACAGUCAUAGCUUCUCUCCCUACUUUCAUCGUUGGAGCCAGAAGUGACGUUGCGGCCGCUACUGAAUGUGCGGUGUGUCUUAGCGUGUUUGAGGAGCAAGACACGGCGAGAGAGUUGCCGAACUGUAGACAUGUUUUUCAUGUUGAUUGUAUUGACACGUGGCUCACCACUUGCUCUACUUGUCCUGUUUGUCGGAAUGAAGUUCAACCAAGGCUGAGACUUGAGCCUGAGCCAAGAGAAGGACCAGUUGGCGAUGGUGCCUCUGGCUCACCACCGACUGCACCACCGUCGUUGGAGGAAGUCAGGCUGAACUCUUCGUCGGUUUCACGAUUAGACUCGUUUAGGAGAAUCUUAACAAGAGAAAGAUCUUCCAACAGGAUAAAUCAUUCUUGUGUUGGCCAAGAACAUGUAGUGGAACUUGAUAGACACUGAGUCUACAUAGAAAAUACAUGAGUUUAUAUGCUACCCUCCUUUAUUUUUGUACUACUUACUACUUGUGUGUAUUUUUUUUUGAUGUGUAAUGAGACAAUACUUCUAUGCAAGUAAAAGAUACAUAUUAAUGUUGAGGCCUUUCUAGUUAAAUCCUCAUAGUGGUAAGACAGUAGAGAGCUCAAUAUCAGGGCUUCACAAGGAUGCAGAACCAACUGUUUGUGAGAUCAUCUCUUUGCAACUUGAGUUCAUCUGAGUAUAGACAAGGGAAGUGAUGUUGUCUUAAAAACAUGAGCUUCAAAAGCAUUUUGGAAUACGGAAACAUGACAGGAGAGUUACAAACUUUUUUGACAAGAUCCUAAUGGUUUUAGAGUAAACAAACGAAGCUAAAUGAAUUUACAAACCAUCUCAGAUUCUACAGUAAAGAAGGGCCAAAGAUACUCCUCUCCCUAUUAACACUAACCAUCAAAGAGGUUAACUAGUAGUCAG